AUGGACUCAUCUUUUGUUGCCAUUGAGAAAGAGUGUCCUGUAAAGCCAGGCGCAGGCAAUGGACAGAGCUCGGGGGGCCCGCUUACGUACCCCAAGGCCAGCGAGCCCUUCAAUGCAAACCUCUUCAAAAGCCCAACAUCGGAGUACCGAGGAUGUCCGCUGUGGUCAUGCAAUCCGAAGCUGGAGAAGAACAGGCUACUCCGGCAAAUCGAUCAUCUCAAGGAUAUGGGAAUGGGCGGGUUCCACAUGCAUGUCCGACCCGGAUUGGAUACCGGGCCCAUGGGUACGGAGUUCGUGGAUCGUGUCCAGGAUUGCAUGGAGUAUGCGCAGAGCAAGGGCAUGCUCGCUCGCUUCUAUGACGAUGACCGCUGGCCCUCGGGAGUUGCUUGCGACAGGCUUGUGAACCAGCAUCGCGAGCACAAGACUAAACGCAUUUUGUUCACGCCGCACCCGCGUGGAGAAUUUGGAGGUGAUUGCGCGCCCAGCUCUGCACAAGCACGUCGAAGUGAACCGGGUUAUCUGCUUGCUCGAUUCGCUAUCACCCUAGAUGAGAAUGGCCGUCUGCAGUCCAGCAGGAGGCUGCAGGAAGGUGAAGACGCGGAGCGCGGCGGACGAGUGUGGUAUGCAUACGUUGAGAACAACGCUCCGUCGUCUUGGUUUAACGGGCAGACCCCCAUCGACACAAUGAGCAUCGAGGCUAUGACGCGAUUCCUGGAAAGUACUCAUGAGAUCUGCAAGAAAAAGACAGGCGACGAGUUCGGGACGACGGCGCCUUGCAUUUCUACUGAUGAGCCUCAAGUCACGAUCAAGACUCAGCUCUCGAGUCCGGAUGGCGUCGAAGACGUCUUUCUGCCGUGGGGUGCAGAUCUUCCCAAUAUGUUCCGGGAUACCUACGGCUAUGAUGUCGAUAUCAUCAGCAGUAUCCCGGAAUUAUGUUGGGACCUUCCGGGAGAUACGCCCAGCGAGGCUCGAUACGAUUUCUACGAACAUGUCAGUGAAAUGUUAGUCAUGUCCUUUCUGGACCUCCCCGUAAGCUGGUGUUGGAGGAAUAAGGCCAUGCUCAACGGAAACAUGAUGAAACAGUCAAGUCUGCACUCUCAGACCACCGCUCAUGGAGAAGCAAUGGUGUAUUAUCAAAAACAGACAUCACCCGGCGUGUCUCUCCUGAACGACUGGGUUGACUAUAAUGCAGCCAAGCAGUGUACUAGUGUGGCCCGUCAAAAUGGUAUACGCGGCGCUAUGGGUGAGAUUUACGGAUACGCACACUCGUACUUUACCUUCGAAGGCCACAAACGAUAUGGCGACUGGCAGGCUGCUCUAGGCAUCACGUUCCGUGUCCCGCACCUCGGUUGGGUCAGCAUGGCUGACGAGGGAAAGCGUGGCUACCCCGCGAGCUUCGGCUAUCGAAGCCCAUGUCACAAGGAGUACAGCUACAUCGAAGACCACUUUGCCCGUGUUGGGGUGGCCUUGACUCGCGGAAAAGCUGUUACGCGUGUCGGUGUGGUCCAUCCCAUCCACAGCUUUUGGCUCUGCUUUAGUCCGAAUAACAACGGCCACGACGAGACCCUUCGUCGCGAAAACAAGUUUGCGGAGCUCACAGAUUGGCUGCUUCAUGGACUGGUGGACUUUGACUUCAUCGCCGAGAAUCUUUUGUCUGGCCAGAUUGGCAAAAAAAUCUCAACGCCUCUCAAGGUAGGACACUGCGAGUACGACUUCAUCAUCUUACCGAAUCUUCGGACUAUCUGUUCAUAUGCCCUUUCAGUCAUCCAGGAGUUUGCAGCAGCAGGGGGCAAGGUCAUCAUUGCUGGUGAAGGACCAGUGCUAUAUGAUGGCCAAGUCACGCCGCCUGAUGUCGACAUAAACAUCAAACCAAGCACCAGGGUUUCCUGGAGUAAAAGCGACAUCCUCUCAGCCGUCUCUGAGAGUCGCGAUCUGCAAGUUAACUUGAAGGGAGGACAGCCGACGGAGACUCUUCUGUAUCAGAUGCGCCAGGAUGGCGAUGAAAUGUUUCUCUUCAUCUGCAAUACGGACCGAAACAACCCAUACGAUACAUUGGUAAACAUCAAGGGCGACUGGGAUGUUAUGAUUCUGGACACCUUCACAGGUGAAACACACCGCCAAAGGUCCAAAUACAGCAGCGGAUGGACAAUUUUUGAGCACCGGUUUGAGGGCUGCGCAAGCUUGUUGCUCAGACUUUACCCCGCCCCGGCCGAGGAUCUAUCUUUCGUUGAAAUUUCGGAAGAAGUAGCCCCAAAGCCGCCUAAACAGCAGACCGUUGAGCUCAAACUAGACGAGGUCAUUCUUUCUGAACCAAACGUCCUGAUGCUUGAUUAUGCGCUAUACAGGAUCGACGAUGGCCCGUGGGAGGAUGCUACGCGUCAAGAAGUCUCGAAAAUUGAUGACGAGAUCCGAGCUCGCCUCCGUCUUCCUCCGAACGGCUCAGCAUGGAAGCAGCCAUGUGGUGUACCAUCAUCAGAACGAGUUUCAAGGGUAUACAUUGAUCUAUGCUUCGAGUUCGAGUCACAGACCAUCGUCAAAACGCCCUCGUUUCUCGCCAUGGGUAACCCGGAGAAUGCAAGGAUCACCAUCAACGGUCACAAGCUGCUUGUUGACGAGAGGAGCUCGUCCUGGUGGGCGGACGAAGAUAUCAGAACGGUCCCGCUGCCAAAGGGGACGAUCCGGAAGGGCAAGAAUGUCAUUGAACUCAGUAUGCCGUUUGGCAUCUUGACGAAUUUGGAAAGGAUUUACCUUCUUGGCAGCUUCAGCGUCGAGCUGAAGAACAAUUUGCCAAUCCUCUGCGAACGACGCCAGAGCCUAGGCUGGGGUGAUAUCGUAGCGCAAGGACACCCGUUUUAUGCCGGGAACAUCACUUACCAUUGCAGUUUUGUGACAAAAUCCCGAUCGAACGUCACGCUAUCGGUUCCGCAGUUCGCCACGCCAGUUGUAAAAGUUGAAUGGGGAAAGAAGAGCGGACACAUCGCCCUGCAGCCGAGAACCCUAGCCCUCGGAGAGUUUGAAGCUGGAAAACACGGCAUCACCAUUAUCGCUUUUGGAUACCGAUAUAAUUCGUUUGGGGACGUCCACCUGAAAGGCUGUGUCUCCGGUUGCAGGCCUGAUAUGUGGAGAACUGGAGCCUGGGCAUGGAGUGAUCAAUAUCAAUUGAAACCUACUGGAAUCCUGCAAAAGCCUUCUACUCUUGUAGAUUUGGAGGCUGAGGAGGAAAGUGACGACUGGAUUGUUUUAGGGAAGUGA